AUGUUGACGACAAAUUUUUGUACACCUCCCUCGCGCGUGGGCUGGAUCGUCUUUAAAAUUCACGGGGACGCGCUACCGGAAAAUACCGUCAAAGUGCACUCUGUCAUGAUAGAGUUUGCUCACCAGUUCCAAAUGGUAUUUGGAUUUGUUUCGAGUGGCGCAUCGUUCCAAGACUGGUUUAAUCACGUCUUAAAGAAAACAGAAACCUUCAGUCCAGAUGAAGACGACUUAUCCCAAGUUCGUGAGUGCUCGCUGGUUAUUGAUACACUGAAUGACAGAAUGGCUAUCAAGCAUCAUGAGCGCGUUCCAGAGUAUUUUCAGAAGAAAAAACUAGCGUGUAAGCCUCCCGUCGUUUGA